GCCGGUGUUGGACGCGAGUUUAGGCGUGCGUUUGUCUUUACCCAAUCUACGGUCUGUUGUUCAGAGAAGGUCAAUACACAUUGGUCAUCAGAGUCUGUCGGUCUACCAAGUUCUCGAAGCUGGAAGCUGGAAAUGGGGUGCACGCUUGCUGCAAAUGUCAUGUGCUAUAAAUUGUGACAUCAUUGUUGCCGGUGUUGGCUGUCCCGCAGCGGAACCGAAAAAAAGAACGGAAAUAAACAGUUCCUCUGAUCACCCACCCGCCACAGAGGGCAGUUUUACUUUACCAUUGGAAUUAGCUGGAUCUGUGCUGCAGAGUGUAGUGUAAUCCUUUGCAGAGCAAAUGAAUUAUGUGUAAGUUUGCGAAGUUGGAAUCGAAACCACAGGAGAGCGAAGAAGGCAAACGAAAAAGCUUAACUGUUGUCGGUGUCGUUUGUGUGGACGAAAGUUUUUCGGCUACCACUUCGCUUGGGUCAAACUGUUAGUGGGCGUCGGUCGUUUCCACUGGCAAUGACACGUGGUACGUGGUUAGUUCUGAUUGCAUUCCUGCUGGUUUGAUGCUAUUAAUGCCCUGGAGCAGAGGUGACAGUUGGCGGGUGAGAGUAGUCACUGAGGAUCGUGCUAGCUGCCAUCUACUUUCAAAAAGCGCUUAAUUAUUAGUAUUCCAAUGUUGCCGCCGCCGGUGUUGUUUCUGAAAAGUGGAUGAAAUUGAAAAGUUCCCUCUUGAAAGAGGAAAUUGUGAACCAACGCCCCGAAGCGUUUGCACACGGUGACACUGAGUAGUGAUGACAAAUUGUGGGACAUCAGUUAGUUUGUGAAGAAGUGUAAGUUGCUGGAAGGCAAAGGGGCGCUUACCGUUUAGUUCUAUUUCAACGGAAGUGAAGAAAAGAGGGUGAACAUAGUGCUGAAAUAUAACUAGGCCAGGUUCUCAGGGUGAGAGACGAUAAUGUUGUUGUUGUUGUAAUGGAUCUGAAAGCUGGCAAAAAUCUCGUGGCACCAGCGAUAAAUAACAUCAGUUGCUCGAGUAACCGUUUCGCCGGCAAUUUCUUCGCCCAGAUUGGUCCGUUGGAUGUGCUGCAGGCGCUGUUCAUCGUGUUCCUAACGUUUCUGGUGAUUAGUGCCAAUCUGAUGGUGAUCAUCGUCAUCAACAGUCGACGCUAUGCGGCCUACAUUCACCCGCAGCCCCGCUACCUGUUGACCUCGCUGGCCCUGAACGACCUGGCGAUCGGGUUGCUGAUUAUUCCCCUCGGGGCACUACCUGCCUUACUACACUGCUGGCCUUACGGUGAAAUAUUUUGCCAAAUUCAGGCUUUACUACGUGGAGCUUUAUCACAACAAAGUGCUGUUAUCCUAGUCUGUAUGGCGGUCGAUCGGUAUCUGUGUGUCCUGCAUCCUCGAAUCUACUACAAGCGGUCCAGUAAAAAAGGCUGUGUUGCAAUUUUGAGCAUAACGUGGAUCCUUUGUUUGACCUUUUUCGGACUGUUGGUGCUACCGAAAGGGUACUACUUCAACAAAUCCGGUCUGCUAGCGUGUGAGCCGUUUUACAGUAAAUCUUCCUACCGAAUUCUGUCCAGUUGUGCGCUGUACUUUCCAACGACGAUGGUGCUGAUGUAUUGCUACGGGUCAAGUUUCCACGCCAAUCGAUACAGACUAACGACGCCAGCCGGUGCUGGCACGGGGACAGCCGGUACCUCGGCUGCGUCCAUCCCGGGUGGACCACCGUCUGCUGCUGCUGCUGCAGCAGGAGGGCAAUCGUUGAUGACGACGGGUGGUGGUGGAGGAGGAGGUGGCGGCGCGACAACGACGACCACGACCGAAAUCGGAACGGUCAACAAUUCACCGUGUUCCGGGACGCCAACCGGUAUUUCCGUCGCGACGCCCUCGUCCCUGUCGUUCACGGAGAAGCUGGCAGAGCACGAGCAGAGACUGAACGGAUCAACUUCACGCACAAUGGCUGCUAUAUCAUUAGGUUUUAUAGUAAUUGUUACCCCCUGGACGAUACAGGAAAUAGUGGCAACCUGUACAGGAUCAAAGAUACCACCAUCGAUUGACUUCUGUGUCACAUGGAUAGCACUAAGUAGUAGUUUUUGGAAUCCGUUUCUAUACUGGCUGCUGAAUGCCCGAUUUCGAAAGAUCUGCCGGGAUAUGUUGGCGUCAAAGUGCUUCAGCAGCCAAACAUCGCUGGAGGAAAAAUGUAGCAUAAGCCUAGAGUAUGACCAUCACAUGACAGUACUGCCGCUUCCGCCGGGUCCACCACCACCAACGAUCUGCCGCUCGACCAAUCACACACCACGCCCCGAUAUCGAGUGCUCGGAGAAGUACUGGGGUGACAUCCUGGAACGAACCUUCAGUACCGGCAGCAUGAAUGCCAUUCACCGCAGUACCUCCUCGGGUGCUGUUCCUUAUCAUCUGCACCGACAUCACCAUCGGGCGCACCAGUAUCACCAUCAUCAUCAGAACGGCAGCAGUAAUCAUCACAGUAGCAACAGCAUUCACAAAUUUCCUCAAGAUUCGAUUGGUAGCGAUCGGUAUCACUACGACGGUAGCGGGGGAAGUGCCAAAGAAGGUGAGUUCACCGUGAUCUUCCCUACGACCAACUCGGAUCCGCAGAUGUCCGGUGAGCACGAACUGCACGACAUCAACUGUGCCAAGAAUCGGGCAUUCUUCGUUGGUUUCAACCAUCAUCAAACACUACCUGAUAUCUAGUAUUGUAGGAAUCGUGUCGGACUGUGGAGUAGAAUUAGGGCGAUAGUUGCGCAACUUUUUUAGAACACCAUUGAUUAGGAUGCGAAAAUAUUUUUUUCGUCGGGAACAGAAAACUGUAAUCCAAAACAAUUUGUACAGUAGAUAAAACAAAACGAACACGUGGCUCUGCAAAUAGUCUUUCUAUGUUUAGAUAUAUGUGCAAAAAAACGGAAACCCACUAGUUUCAACGUUCCGAUUUUCCCAUUGUGUGUUCAGUUUAGGUUUAUCGAUCAAUCGAUUUCGAAGGCUGGCCCUUCUUUCCUUAGUUUGAAACAUUACAUUCCUAACUAGUGAAAGUAUUAACAUUUCAAUUACUCACACAUUUUAUUCCACUCGAAACCAUGUAACUGUUAACCGGAUUGUGAUAGUUAUCUGAUUAACGAUAAAGCCAAAUCGUAUCUCGAACAAUGUCAGAUUAAUUAAGAGAUGA